AUGCAUCUCAAGUUAGCUGUCGCUUCGCUUGUGGCCUCUGGCGCAACGCUAGGGUCCGCCGCGGCCAGCAAGCCAAAGCUUUCCGCAAAUGCCCAAAGUCUAUUCGACUUCUCUAUGGGGGUCCAGGACUCCAGAUGGGACGACUCGUACAACCUUAUUUGGUACCAAGACAAGGGUCCGUGGUCCGUCCGCUUCACGGCUUGGUACACGGCGGGUCUGCUCCAUCGCAAUGAGGGCGACGACGUGGAGAACGCAAAGGCGGCGAUUGAGAACAUUUUGGCGAGCCAGAUGACCUCGGACUACGAAUCGGCGUGGUAUGGCACUUUCAAGCUGUCGCCCGACGAGCCGGACCCAACGCCGGAUUCUGAGCUGUACCCUCCCAAGAUCUAUACUACUUACGACCCAAAUUGGAGAGAAUUUAUAGGGACUCAACUAGUACAAGACGUCGAACUUUACUCUGAUCUCCUGGGCGCAGACCUCGUCAAGAAAAUUGAAGAUGCGCUCGAGAUCCAAGCCAUUGGCGCAAUGAGGCGCAACGGUAGCUACCCCGAAGGCGAUAACCUCAUACUGGGAUACUCCAACCCGGGCCUCAUGCGUGCCCUUACAGUAGGCUGGAUCGGCGCCCGUCGCAGCAACGCAACCUUUAUCAACUUCGCAAACACUCAAGGAUCCCAGCUGCUUGAGCUCUUCAAGUCUAACGGCUCAAAUACCCUUGGGGAGUACAAUGCGCCAAACUACUACGGCAUGGACGUUUGGGCUCUAGCCGCCAACAUCGCCUAUGGUCCCCGCAACGCAACACUGACGAAGAACGCCGAGUACAUUCUGACGAAGCUGUGGGAUGACAUUGCAGCGCACUACAACCCCUACCUGGGCAACCUCGUCGGCCCUUAUGACCGCGCUUACACCCGCGAUAUGACCAAGCACUCAUCCAUUCUGCCCAUGUACUGGUGGGCCGUCUUCGGGCGCGAAUACGGGCCUCAGCCGCCCAAGGGCGAGGGCGAUUUGCUGUUCGAUGCAGCUCAGGGCGCGGCGAUUGCGCUGGUUUCUGACACAGUGGCCCGGCACAUCUCCAACAGCACAGCGGCGGCGCUCAAGGCGAAGGGCCCCUGGGCCGGCGAGCGCAGCAUCACGCGCGAGGUCAAGGAGAAACUGGAUUCGGACGCCACGCGCACGACGACGUCGUGGGUUAGCGCGCCACUCAUGAUCGGUGGACAGGAGCUUGCGGAGACCAAGAACCGCGGGGAUCAGUUCGUGCCGGCGAUCGUGCACUGGGCUUCGGACCCGUUGCACACGCCGUACCCGUACAUCGGCUUCUUCCUGCUAUACCCUUCGGCAUCGACCAUUUCGGCCGUGGCGGGCGAGAGGUCACUCAGCGUGUCAUAUCCGAACAGCACGCAGGAAGGGUCUGAUAUUUUCACGUUUGCGCUAUCCGGGAUUCCGCCUUCGUGGACGCUGGGCGGGAAGACGAUUACCGGAUUGGAAGAGCUGCCGUGCCUGAGCGUCAAUGUUUCGGCCCCAGGGUUGGACAAGCUGCCGAUUUCCUAUGGGCAGCAGUUGAGAAACCACUGGUAUUAUAACGUGUCUUACGCGGUUCCUGCUGGGUUCGAGGGUGUUCCCCGGGUUGAUUUGACGAUGGAGUAUACUUGUGACAUCUGA